CCCUGGCAGCUCUGUGCAAAAACCUUUAUCCUCAGUGACUGCAAGUCUCAACCAGCGGCUGCACACUCACCCCACAGCAAUGGCCUCCUCUACUCAGCCUCGUUCUUGCAAUGUGACCAAACAAGAAGGGAAGGGCUUCGGUUUUUAUUUACGUAUUGAGAAAGGCGAGGUUGGCCAUCUCAUCCGUUCUAUUGAGCCCAGCAGUUCUGCUGAGAAGUCGGGUCUGAAGGACGGAGACAGACUGCUGAGAGUCAAUGGCAAAUUUGUGGAUGACAAAGAACAUGCUGAGGUAGUUACUAUGAUAAAGGACAGUGGCACCACCGUAUCUCUUGUGGUUUUGGACAAAAUUGCCUAUGAAAAUGCCAAGAAAAAGGGAGACGAUUUGUCCAAACUUGAUCAAAAUUCAAAUCAACCAGCUAAGCAACCGGAAGCCCCCCAGCCUGCAGGGCAACCAUUAGCUAAUGGAGGAAAAGCUAUGGCACGAAGGCCAAGGCUUUGCUACUUAGUUAAAGAAGGAAACAGCAGCUAUGGAUUUUCUCUUAAAACCACAAAAACUGAGAGCGGAAUAUUCUUGUCAGCGCUGGUCCCUAAUGGGGCUGCAGUCAAAGCCGGUGUCAAGGACGAAGAUCACAUCAUUGAAGUGAAUGGAGAAAAUGUAGAAAAUUCCACUCAUGAAAAGUUGGCUAAAACGCUGAAGGAAUCUGGGGGCAGAAUAAUGUUCCUUCUGUCAGACAAGGAGACCGACGAGUACUUUAAAAGUCAGAAAAUGAAGAUUACGGCAGACAAAGCCAAUGUUGACCUGUUGCCUUCUAAGCCAAGAACAGUGGAGCUGAAGAAGGACACUAACGGUUAUGGGUUUUAUUUGCGACAGGAAAAAAAUCGUAAAGGUCACUUUAUUAUGGAGAUUGACUCUGGUAGCCCAGCACAAAAGGCCAAGCUGCAGGACUAUGAUCGUAUUGUGGCAGUCAAUGGAGAGUGUGUGGAGGGGACGGAACAUGAGGAGGUGGUGAAGGCAAUUCAGAAAGGAGGAGACAAGACCACUUUGCUAAUUGUGGAUAAGAAGACUGAUGAAAUGUACACCUUGGCUGGGGUCUCACCCUAUUUAUUUUUACAAGAAACCCAAGGGGAGAUUAAAAGCAACAUUAAAGAAGAGCCCACUCCAGUUCCAGCAGUAAUUCCAUCCCAGAAACCCGCCACUACGACACCAACAAUUGCCCCAGCCCCAAUCGCUGCCGUGGAACCAAAAAAACCUGAAACACCAGCUGUUCCGGCUAAUGACCAACAGCACAAGCCCAGGCUGUGCAAGCUGCAGAAGAGUAACAAUGGUUAUGGCUUCCACCUCAAUGCAAUCAAGGAUACACAAGGCCAGUUCAUGAACCAGGUAGUAAAGGGAGGUCCUGCAGAUGUGGCUGGAAUCAAAGAUAAAGAUGUUCUACUGGAGGUCAAUGGGGCAAAUGUGGAGAAGGAGAGCUAUGAAGAUGUUUUGAUUAAAAUCAAAGAAACUAAAGGCACCCUGGCUUUGUUAGUGGCAUCACAGGAGGCUUAUGACUACUUCAAGGAGCAGAAGAUCCCAAUAACUGCUUCAAUGGCAGAUCCUGUAAGUGAGGUGUCUCCCAACUCCAAUGUGGUGGAACCAGCAAGCAAAGCAAGAGCUGCUCCUGAGCCAAUAGAAAUGCAGUCCAACCAGAAACCUGUGGAGACACCAAAGGAGAAAGAAGAGGAGAAAGAGGAGCAGGAGGAGGGUGACACUAAUCUGUAAUUUUUACAGGCGUUCUGAGCAUCUGCCUUGAUUAUCAAUUUGCCCGUUUUUAUUUCUUAUUGGUUUAACCAGAAUAAGUAGCAAAUGCAAACUGCCUGAUGGUCCUCCUACAAUUGAAAGACCAUUGUCCUACAAGCGGAGAAUACACUGACACUCAUAGACUUCAUCCAUGAUCCAGUGAUCACAAAUCCAACCAUCCAAGAGGACAGUGCAAACUGAAGAGAACUCUAUGGACAGCUGCCAAACACACUCUUUUAAUUGCCUGGUCUUCCCUUCAUCAGAAGCCAAUAUGGUGGCAGGUGCACAGAGUGAAAUUGGUCGAUCUUGAUUAAAAACAAGGGAGAAGAAAUAUUCAUUUUAAAAUUGUUCAGCUAUUUAUUAAUGUUCUGUUGAUCUAGCAAGCUAAGAAAUGUUGUGACAUGAAUGAAACAGCCAUGUUGGAUGUCACUUCCUCCCGCCCAUGAGGACGAAGGUAAAUUUCUCCUGCCUUUACUCAGUGGGAGAAGUCCGGGAAUCAGUAGCCCCACUGUUUGUAUAGAAACCAUUGUGAGAGUUUGUCUUGCAGAUCUUCAGCAGCCACCUACUCUAUAGCCAAACAAUGCAAAAUGGCCGCUUAGCGGUUACCCAGUGUUGUGUUUUGGAAAUAAUUUUUCGAGAGAGAUAUCAAUAAGUUAAACUUAGACUUAAUAAUAUAAAUCUUGUCUAUCCAUUUAUAAAGAUGAUUAAAUAAAAACAAAACAAAAAUA